AUGGACUCCAGUACAGGCCUGAGUUCAACUAUGUCCUCCCUUCACAAUCCCUUAGCCGGCAUCCCAGCGCAACCCACCAACUCCUCCAACAUCAAUGUCUCCUUAAUGUCUCCGCCUCAAUCAGUGUACUACAACUACUACAAUAGCGCCUCCAGCGAUCUAAAAGAUUUGAAUAACGUUCUAUCGCACUCGAUGCAUAACAAUACAAACGCAAAUGCAAACACAAUUACAAAUGCAGGCUCACUUCUAGAUUGGUUCACAACCCCACUUGAUCAGGGACUGGGCGGGACGGGGCCGAUGUUGAGGGAGUAUGAUAUAUUAAAAGGUGUCGCUUAA